AUGGGAAAUUCGCCACAGUCGAAGAAAUCGGACAACAGUGCGGUUGAUGCAGUUACAACUGACCAACCGAGUGGUGCUUUGAAAGCGGGACAGUCUGGUAGUGACGAGAUGGCAUACGAUGGCACUCGACACGAUAAGGGAAAAAUGAAAGUUGCUGAUAAGGACAUUGUGGACAAAGAUAAUGAUGACAAAGAUGAUGAUGACAAAGAUUGUGAGGCCGACACACAGGGGUCACCGAGGCCGAAAAGGCGUAUCAAGGCUACAAGUGCUGUCAAAUCCCCCUACAUUCAGAGGUCAAUUGACGUUGUUAAGAAGCUCGACAGGCAUGAGAAAGUGAUUGCUAUAUGGGCCUUGAAAAAAGACACGCCAGAUGAACGAUAUCAAAACAAUAGAUAA